ACAGCGGCAGCGACGUACAGCGAAGCAGCAGCGCAGCGCAGCGGUCGAACGACGUGCAUAAACACAGCUGACGGGGCAGGGGAGUCGGAGGAGCUGGACCUACAAAUGCUCAUUGAAAUUUACGAUUAUGCUGCAAAAUUAUUAAACAAUAUGACCGCAACAGCCGCAGCAACAACGGAAACAACUGCAGAAAGCAGGGAAGUCAGACCCAGAGCCGGUGCUGGUGCCGGUGCCCCCGACAUCAUUAAUAAGCAAUCCGUGGGGAAUGAUGCCGUGCAGAAGCCAGAGUUGGAGGCACAAUCAGAAUCCGAAUCGGAAUCAAAUGCAGAGAGCUCGAGUCCCUCGCGUACCGCAAAUCUAACGACCAAAUUACUGCAGGCCACCACAGGCAAUAUGAGGAACCUGCUGAACCGAACUCUGGGCACCAUGGCCCGCGCCAAUCCCGCCCAGCACACACCCCUGCCCACCCUCCUGCUGCAGGCGGCCCUUGACGUGGACGUGACCCAGGGGCAGCGAAUCGAUCAGCCGCCGCACCAGCUCCAGCCACUACCCAAGACGCAGUCCCACCAGUCGCUGGCCAACGCCACAUUCCAUCCCCUGGCAGGCGGAGAGCCGGCGGACAUCUACAGUGCAUUUAGCGCCCUGCCCGGCGGCAAUUUAAGCGGUUUCAUUGAGUCCUCCACCACGGCGGCCAGCUCUGUGCUGAGCAGCACGCUGCCCGCCACCAGCAGCAUGGCGGCCACCUUCCAGGCCCAGACAGUGGCCACCUUCAUAGCGGCCGGCAACAAGAAUCGACCAACGACCAUCGUUGUAUAUCCAACGGUUUCACCCGAAUCGAUCGUCAUACCGAUCGUGUCGUGCAUCUUCGGCUUCCCCAUACUGGCGCUGAUCGUCAUUUGCUGCCUGCGACGGCGGGCAAAGUUGGCCAGGGAGCGGGACAGGCGGCGCAACUAUGACAUGCAGGACCAUGCCGUCAGCCUGGUCAGAUUUAGUCCAAUUCAUAGGCUUAAUUACCGAUCGUCGCGAGCUAUCAGUCUACGUCCUGAACGAAGCCUAAGCCAGGGCUUCACCUCGCUGGAGCUGGACACCGUGCUGGAGGAGCGCUGCAGCGAUGUGGAACAGACGCAGACCGAAAUUCUCAAUCCCGAGUCGCCCAUGGACACCACCUCCUACAAGAUGUCCUUUUCCUCAAGCUAACAUUUGGCCACGAAGCAGCAACAGCAGCAGCAGCCACUUACAGCGAUGGCCCCAACAACUCCAGCAAAUCCCCAGCCUCAGGCACACUCCCAGACCCAUCUUCAGGCUCAGUCUCAGGAUGUACCCGCUACGACCUCGUCACAGCUGUUGCUGCCACCGCAGCUGCGGAAGACGGCCAGUGUGAGGGAGUCGCACGAUCCAACGGCUCUGUCCAAACGGCGGAGUCGCCUGCAGGAGCUGCGGGCCGCAAGCAGCAGCAGCGCCGGCGGCGGCGGCGGCGGUGACGAGGCAGUCGUCACCUUUAGCAAGCGCGACUCCAAGCGUAAUCGUCGUCGUGGUGGCGCGACCGCCAGCGGUGCCAGCAGCAGCAGCAGUGGCUCUCCCCGCCGCACCGAGGCGGCCAUGCGAAAGUCGCAGUCGCUGGACGCCGCCGAAAGUUACUCCCUGGCCAGCAUCCAGUCCCCGCUGUGGGUGACCCUCACCAAUGCCCGCACCAUCGAGGAGCUGGCCCAGCAAAAGCUCUAAAUGUACCCAGGCCAGAGCCACCCAACAAUGCCAUUAGCCAUUAGCCCUAACCACAUCCCGCAUGGACAUCCUGUAAAUGUUUAGAGAGAAUUUCAAUGUACGAGCCGUAGAGGUGGUAGAUGACAAACCAAAUAUUUGAAUCAUUAACUAAAGCAACACACAACCUAAUGAAAUUAAAGACCAACCACACGCAUAGUCCAAGGAAUACAAUUUUGAAUUUGGAAAAUUAGAUAAAUGAAUGUCAAGGAAAA